AUCUGGCUUAAAUUCCCACGUUAGGUACGUGAAAAGUCUAAUAUAGAUUUAUCCGUAAAUAAACAGAAUAAUUAUCUUAUCUGCUAUGCGGCAGUGCGCGGGAGGGGCGAGGUCCCGUUAGUCAGAGCCACAGCUGAUUUCACAUGUCUGUGACCGUGCCGCCGCGCGCUCGCUUUGCACUACACGAACGAAAAUGCCGGUAACUUAGAACUAUAAUCCGAUACGCCAAACUAUUGUGGAUACUGUGACUUCCGUGUAGUUAUUGAAGCAAUUAGUGUAUAAUCCAUCCAUAACAUACUACAUCCGUGGUUUUCACCAAUGUGAUCCGCGAAUAUGAGAAGCGACAUGGCGUACCGAGGGCUGUCGGAGCACGUGGAGCUAGAUAGGGCUGCAGACCCUACCGAACGAUACACGUUACAAGACCUUAUAGGUGAAGGGACUUAUGGGGAAGUCUACUGCGCUAGAGAUAAAAAGUCUGGAAAACGGGUGGCAGUUAAGAUUUUGGAAAACAUAGCUGAAAAUAUCGAAGAAAUAGAAGAAGAAUUCCUAGUCUUUCGGGAUCUAUCUAGUCAUGCCAACAUUCCUGAAUUCUUUGGGCUAUUUUUGAAACGUGGAAUAACUUCCGAAGAUGAUCAAAUAUGGUUUGUUAUGGAGCUUUGCACAGGAGGAUCUGUCACAGAUCUGUGUGCAGGAAUGCGCGCACGAGGCACCAGUCUAACGGAACCGCAGCUAGCAUAUGUGCUCCGGGGAACAGUCAGAGCUUUAACUCAUCUACAUUCACAUCGAUGUAUGCAUCGCGAUGUUAAAGGACACAACAUUCUUUUAACUGAAAAUGCCGAAGUCAAACUCGUCGAUUUUGGUGUUUCAUCUCAUCUAGCUGCGACUAUUGCCAGAAGAAAUACAUCUGUAGGAACUCCUUAUUGGAUGGCACCUGAAGUCAUAGCAUGCGAACAACAAUUAGAUCAAUCUUACGACUGUAGAUGUGAUGUUUGGUCUGUAGGUAUAACAGCUAUAGAGCUAGCUGAAGGAGAGCCACCACUAUCUGGACUGCAUCCAAUGAGGGCUUUAUUCCAAAUUCCACGAAACCCACCACCGACAUUGACCCACCCAGAACAAUUUUCGGCGCAACUUGCUGAUUUCAUUUCGGAAUGUUUGGUAAAGGAUAUGAAUCAGAGGCCAUUUGCACGCGAACUAUUGGAGCACCCAUUACUACUUGCAGUUAGUAGUUUUGAGGAUAAAAUUCGAAAAGAACUUCAAGCUGAAAUAAAACGACAGCGGGCUGAAGGUAGGAAUUGUCGUGCUCCAGAAGCAACAACUAAACGAGGAAAGCUUAAAUCACAUCGCAAAGCGAAGCCAGAAAAAAUGUACACUGAUGAUUUAGCCACACUCGAAGUACUUACAGAAGAAGCGAUAGUGGAACAAUUACAGAAGAGAUAUUCACAGAAUCAGAUCUAUACGUAUAUUGGAGAUAUAUUAGUAGCAGUCAAUCCUUUUACAGAUAUAGGAAUUUACACAUUAAAGAGUCAAGAAACAUACCAAGGUCGUUGUCGAUCGGAUAACCCACCACAUAUUUUUGCUGUAGCUGAUGCAGCACAUCAAGCACUUAUGCAUCAAAAGCAGCAUCAAGCAAUAGUCAUAUCUGGCGAAAGUGGGGCUGGCAAGACUGAAUCUGCUAAUUUAUUAUUAAAGCAAAUUGUUUAUUUAUCAAAGACGCAAAGUGGAAACCUUCAAGACAAAAUACUUCAAGUGAAUCCAAUAAUGGAAGCAUUUGGUAAUGCGCGAACUGGAAUCAACGCAAAUAGUUCUCGAUUCGGGAAAUAUUUAGAUCUAUCUAUGAUGAGGGUGGGAAAGAUAUCAGGAGCUAGAAUAUCUGUAUAUCUUUUAGAGCAAUCUAGAGUUGUGCACCAAGCAUUUGGUGAAAGUAAUUUUCACGUUUUUUAUUACUUGUAUGAUGGUCUUGAAAGUGAAGGGCGAUGGAGGAAGUUCUAUCUUGACGAUCAAUUCAAAUCGAGACAUCGAUACUUACAACCUUUGUCGGUAACUUAUAGGGAGCAUAAUGUAUACCGAUGGCGCCAACUGAACCAAGCUUUUAAGGUUGUCGGCUUUCACGAAGACGAGGUACAAGUUUUGUAUAAAAUGUUAGCUGCCAUAUUACAUUUGGGAGAUAUUGAAUUCGCAGAGACAGCUGGGGAAGAUAAUACUGAUAACAGGGCGACGAUAAUUGAUACAGCGCCAUUACACAGGGCGUCCUGUCUCCUGGGAGUAGAAACUGUAGACCUCCGAGAAUGCCUUACAAGUAGUAGCGUAGUAACAAAAGGCGAAACUAUCGCCCGAUACUGUUCGCCUUUCGAAGCUGCGGUCGCAAGAGACGCCACAGCACGAGGCUUGUAUGCGAGAGCGUUUGAUAGAAUUGUGGAGCGAAUUAAUGCUCUGCUUUGCCAUAAUCGCCCACAAAGUAAUGACCAAUUGUCUAUCGGCAUCCUAGAUAUUUUUGGUUUCGAAAACUUCACAAGAAAUUCCUUUGAACAGCUCUGUAUAAACAUAGCAAAUGAGCAGAUCCAAUAUUACUUCAACCAACAUAUAUUCACUUGGGAACAACAAGAGUAUAUGGCGGAAGGGGUUCCAGUAGACCUUGUUGAGUUUUCUGACAAUAGACCAGUUUUGGACAUGCUUCUGUCUCGACCUAUGGGCUUAUUAGCACUGCUUGAUGAGGAGAGUCGAUUUCCACGAUCAACAGACAGGAGUCUUAUUGAAAAAUUCCAUCGUAAUAUAAAGAGUAAAUUUUACGUGCGACCAAAAUCUGAUGCAAUUUGUUUCGCAAUCCAUCACUUCGCCGGUCGUGUUGUGUAUCAAGCUGACGGGUUCUUGGAAAAGAAUCGAAAUUUCCUCCCACCUGAGGUUGUGCAAUUGAUGAGGCAAAGUCAAUACGAUGUCAUCAGAUUCCUAUUCCAAUGUCCGAUAACGAAGACUGGCAAUUUAUACUCGCCGCUCCAAGGAGACUUGGAUUCCAGGACAUUGGACAGUCCUUUAUCGGGUGAUUUUCGAGAUCGCUUCAACAGCCGUGGUCUUGCAUCUCAGUCCCGCGCUCAGCAGACUGUUGCAACUUACUUCCGCUAUUCCUUGAUGGAACUUCUACAAAAAAUGGUUAGCGGCACUCCACAGUUCGUGAGAUGUUUAAAACCAAACGAUUCAAGAUCACCAAAACAUUUUGAUUCCACGAAAAUCUUGAAGCAAUUGCGUUAUACUGGCGUACUAGAAACUAUUAGGAUAAGGCAGAAUGGAUUCUCGCAUAGAUUAACUUUUGACGAUUUUUUGAAAAGAUACGGGUUCCUAGCAUUUAGUUAUAAUGAAGAAGUCAAACCAAAUCGAGAUACUUGCCGUUUAUUAUUAAUAAGACUGAGGAUGGACGGAUGGGCGCUGGGCAAAUCAAAAGUGUUCCUCAAAUAUUACCAUGUCGAGACUCUUGCCAGAAUUUAUGAACAAGAGAUAAGAAAAGUAGUGCUAGUCCAAGCGCGUGUGCGUGGCUGGCUCGCCCGUCAGCGCUACCUGCGCAUGCGCGCACAACUAGCGGUUUCAGCGCUGACACUGCAGCGCCAUGUACGCGGCUGGCUCACACGCAAGCGGCUGCAGCGGGAACGCCAACAGCUGCUCGCGAGAGAGUUUACUCGGGAGCAGGACGAUAGGAAGCAACAGGGUUUGUUGAACAAAAACAAAGCAAUGAUGAAAGCGAAGGUGUUGAGGCAAAUGACUUCAGAUGAGAACAACGACAGGAGCAGCAAUAACAAGGAAAAUGUAUCCGAUAAGGCGGCUGUAAUCAUUCAAAGCCAUUACCGCGGCUACAACACGCGGCGCAAGCUCAAGAAGGGCCAGGCGCCGCCACCGCCGCGCCACCCCGCGCCCGCGCCCCCCGGCCCCGCGCACCGCACCCCCGCACCUCCCGCGACCCGCUCCCCCGCGCCGCCCGCGCACUCGGUGCACGAGAGAGCUGCGCAACUGCAGAUAUUCACUGAACGGGUUCACAACACAAACCAGGAGAUUCACAAAAAUCUCCGUCGUAACAAAUCCGGGAUUCGUUUGAAUGAAGUCAGCAAGCCUCCCGAAGAGUACCGAGCACCGCCCGGCUUUACUCUGGUGCCAGCAAUUAUAAGAGGACAACCUUCCAAAAUAGAAGCAGAAGCUAGUAGAUUAUCCAGUCCGUCGCCAGAAUUUUUAGUAAGUCCCGGUAUUCCAUGGAAUAACGAUUUAUAUGAUGAUAAUAACAAUCAGGAACUUUUUAGAAAUCAAAGAUCCUCAAACCAAAGUUAUGGUGAAAAGCCGCUCCAAAACAACCAGAAUUGGCAAAAUCUGCCUUGCAACAGGCAGUGUGGAGGUCUAGUCAGUGAGGAAAUAUUGCAAGGCAACAAAAUAAUAGAACUAGUGAAAAAGUCCCAAAAGUCCGACCCGCCACCGCGCCCCGUGUACAGCCCGGCUUACGACCCCGAAUCCGAUUUGAGGAAAAUCCUAAGGAACUCGCCAGAAAUGCUCGCAAAACCCAUGUUUAGUUCGGACGAUGACUAUGGACCUUUUCGUUUUAAACAAUUAUUGAGACCCACCGUAGGUCCAACGGAAAGUCUGAGAAAGCGGAAAGUCAAAACUUCCCCAGGACAAAGUCCUUGGCUCUCCGAUAGUUCCCAGGAUAGCAAUAGCUCUAAGGAACUUUAUAAUAAACGACGACCUCAAAUUAGUAUGGGAGUCUAUUAUAACUAAGCAAUACAUUCCAUAUUAAACAUAUAAGUAUAGAGAAAUAAAUAUUGUCAGAAAUAAACUAAUAAUUUGUAGUUUAGUGGUAGGAUUGAUAUGCAAAAGCCGUCCUGUUGUAGAUAUGUUCUAGGAUCCUAAAUAAUGCUAGAUACAUAACACAUGUUUUAGAUCUUUUUGUGUAUUUUACAAAAUUGGUUUUAAUAUAAAAAAGGAGUUGUAAUGGUAAACUAUAUAAAAUUGAACUAACCGUCGAUUGAAAUACUUAAAAAAAUAAAUCAAUUUGUAACAAGCACUAAAAUAAAAUAUUCGAAUAAAAAAAUGUUUUUGAAUAUAAAUUAUAAGUACAUAAUAUUAUAUUAAUAAAAUGUUUAUAUUAAUUUAAUUUAUAAUUGAUUACCAAAGUAUACUUUUAAUUGUAAGAAUAGCUAUUAAAAAAAUCACUAUGAGUUGAUUAGCAUUAAGAUUUUGAGUAUGUAUUUUCAAAUAGUGGUUGAAGUCUGAAGAUAAUAAUAAUUAUUAUAUUAUGUCUUUCUUACUGUACCUUCAUCAAUUUAUUUUUCAAGGAUAUAAUAUACUUAUAUUAUGUAUUUGGUCGAAAUUUGUAAUAUUUUGGGAGUGUUUGUUUUUCUGUGAUUACUCCGUUCGUAUGACCAUAUAAAUAAAAAGUGAAUAUUAUUUUAAAUGUGAAAUUUUCAUGUUUCAAAUUAUUCAAAAAAUCAAAUUAUUGCCUAAAGGUAAUUGACAUUUAAGUUAACAAGAGUGAUUAAAAAUACUGUUUCCUCCUAUUUAAUUUCACUCUUACUAUCUCAUAUUAUAUCUGUACUUAAUAUUUUUAGCUGAUCAUUGACAAGUUUUGUGAUAAUGUGCCAAUGAUUAUUGUAAGGAAUUAUUGAUAAAUAAUUGUAUCUAAGUGUAAGAUAUAUAUGUGAUUAAUAAAUUUUAUUCAGAAAA